AUGCGUGUCAUGUUGCAAAAUGAUCAAUGUGGAGACAUAUUCUCUAAACAACUCAUUGAUAUUGGUAAUGGCAAAUUUCCUAUAGAUGUGCUGACUGGCUGCAUCACAUUUCCUGACAGUUUUUAUGACAUUCCUGGCGAAAUGAGGACAUAUAAAUCAAUUGAUACGGCAACUAAUGAAGAUAAUGUCGUGAACUAUCCAGCGGAAUUUUUAAACUCACUUGAUUUGCCUGGAUUGCCGCCUCACAAUCUUCAAGUUGGAUCUGUUGUUAUAAUGUUGCAAAAUAUUAACCAACCGCAACUUUGUAACGGCACACGAUUACCAAUAAAAAAUUACUGA